CCAAACAUUUGAUGACAUGGGCAAAAGAAGCAUCCUGUUUUCUGCACAAUAAAUAACGCUGCAGUAACAUUCUUUCAUUGCAGUUUGUUAUAAAUAUGCUACAUCACUUUGAUACUGAUCACAACUUGGUUUUACCCUCCUAGAUCCAAGGGAGAACAGUAAGACCAUUAUCACAAUGGAUUUCAUGGAAAUCGACGACAACCCAUAUAUAAAUAAAACUCUCAAAAUGGAUGGUCUUGUGACCGAAGUGAAUUUUAAGAGAAGAAAGCAGCCCUGUGGAUGUGUGACUGUGUGUCUUGGAUUACUGGUUGCUGUCCUGUUGGCUGGUAACAUAGGACAGUUUACUUACUAUGAAAUAAUUGGCCGCCUCCUGUCAGCAGAACCAACACAGGCCACCAACAACAUCCAAGGCGAUCUCCUUCAGAGCCGUUACGAUACCUUAGCUGCUGAGAGAACACAGUUAGAGGACAGACUGACUAACGUGACUAAAGAGAAAGACCAGCUGCAGCAAACUUACAAUUCUUUGACUACUGAAAGAGACCAGUUUAAGGCCAGUUUCAACAAUCUGAAAAAUGCGAGUGACCAGUUACAAACAAGUUACAACACCUUAAAACAACAAAGCGAUCAGUUACGGACUAACAACAAUAAUUUGGCAGCAAGUGAAAACCAGCUACAAACCAAAUUCGGGACUUUGCAAAGAGAGAAAGCCCAGUUACAAACUUCGUUUGUAGCAUUGACAACAAUCAGAGAUCAGUUACAGAGCAAUUACUCUUCCCUGAAAAUGAACAUGGACCGGUUGCAAAGCAGCUACAACGCACUGAGUGUAAUUAAAAAUAACCUGCAGGUCAGCUACAGUUUAUUGCGGAGAAACAAAGAUCAACUGCAAAGCAGUUAUAACACCCUGCAGAGGGAAAAACAGCAGCUACAAACUGAUUUGGCUUCAACUAGAGAUCAGUUGGAGAAGAUGACCACACGAAGAAACUGUCAGAGUGGCUGGAGAAAGUUCCACGUCAACUGUUACUUUAUCUCAGAAGAGAAGAAAAGCUGGUCUUCAAGCAGACAAGACUGCAUCGCAAAAGGAGCAGAUCUGGUCAUCAUAAACAGCAGGGAAGAACAGGAAUUUGUCAGAGGGUUGCUGAGAACAGACGAAGAUGCCUGGAUUGGUCUGACUGACAGUCUUAAAGAGGGGACUUGGACAUGGGUGGAUGGGACCCCAGUCACCACAGCGUUCUGGCAGCAAAACCAGCCCAACAACUACAAAGGGAACCAGGACUGUGGAGAAGCUGUGCAUAAAUCAUCGGGACAGUGGAACGAUAUGAUCUGCUCUUAUGAACAGAUGUUUAUCUGCGAGCUAUAAGAUAAUUAUUUACACAGUUGACAAUGCCCUGUGGCUUUUGACUUUAAUUCUCAUAUGUUAUCAUUAAUAGGUCAGUCUGGUGAUAUUAUAUAUAUGUUUAAUUGCCCAAAAAAGACUUGAUCCUGCUAUGAGUCUCAUACCUUCAUUAUCACGAACACAGACUUUGUAGUUUAUUUUGAGUCUCACUACUACUACUACUACUCACUAGAGCGACAAUUGUGAAUUAAUUUGUGGAUUAAUUCACAAUUUACUCCAGUUUGAGUAAUGUAAGAAAAAAAUAUUCUUGAAAAAGAAUAUAUUUUUGGUAAAUUUGUAAAGAUUUUCUUCUUUAGUGGGAACCAUGGACUUCGGGCUGAGUGCCAUGAAAGAAGUCAGAAAGGGUCCACAUUAUUGGUUUUGGGCUUUUAAUGGGAUUUGUCAGCAAAACAUGUAGUAUUAUUCUAGCCUUAUUCUUUGUAGAAGAGUCUUUUUUAUCUAAAUUACCACUGUGAAGUUUUGUUCAGUUUUUUUGCCAAGAUUUGCCAACAUUAAACUUUUAUGUAUAACAUUGUCAAUUAUGUCAUGAAUGUUUUAUUUAGCUGAUGAUUAGUGUUUGAUGUAAUGUAAUAUGAAAAAAUUGGUUGUACAAAUACAGAUUUUGCUA